UCCAACUUGUCAACCAUAAAGAAGCUGAGAAGUAGAACAACGUAUAAUAUUGUCGUAUCGUGCAGAAUGAGGGGCAAGAUAAGUUAUAUAGAGCUCGUGAGCUUCGAAACCGAAGGCGAGAAUUUUGAUUUUCUUUGAAUUCGGUAUACAGUUUUGAUCGAGCGAUGAGGAAAAGCUCCGAUUUCAGACUAUGGGAGUGGCAAUUGAUUAAACAUUUGGUCGAUUAGACGAAGAGAUAGAAGCUGAUGAAUCCCGUGGAAAAGAAAGCCAGCGGCAAUCGCUGGAAGGAAGGAGAUCACGUUUCUCCAGCUUGGGGUGCCCUAAUCUUCGGCUUGAUCGGCGCGACUAUAACUACAGCCGCGGUCUAUCAGCUCCGCAGGAGUGUUAGCUGGAUUUAUACUGAGCUGAACAGGUCAGAGCCCCAGUCAACUUGGAGAAAUGCUAGAGCUGGUUCAAGUAGAAGGUUCCAGGAAGAAGCUUGGAGAAGAUAUUACUGCAGAAUGAAUGAGGAGCAUAAGGAGAAAAUGGAGAGAAUAGAACGUAUCAGGAGGAUGCAAAGAAUAUUCAAUCGAGAGAAAAAGAAAUAUAAGAGGAGCUAUGAAAAUUGGAGGGACUAUGGUCCUGGUGCUUAUCAGCAUUUCCAACAAGAUGAUUGGUACUGGACUUCAGAUGCAUAUUAUGGAGAUCAAAGGACAAAUUUUCGAUCUAGCCCUUGGGAAACUGAUAAUUUUACUAUGUCUCAUCAUUAUUCUGUUUUGGGUCUUGACAG